ACCUCGUAAGAGUGGUGAUUUUUUAGUAAAAUUAACGUCAUGUUUCUGAAUUAUGUUCUGUAUUGAAUUCAACCUUUAUCGCGCAAGUAAUUCCGAAGCAGCGAUGAAGUAAAGGUCCGCAGCGUUCUGUACUCACGAUGGAAGACAAUGAUGCUCAAUAUGAACUGUCGGAAUUUUGUGGGCUAUCGGAAACAUGGAGUCCCGAGAACUUAGCUUCAAUGCUAAAGGCUUUUUGGCGGAACCUCGAGAUGAAAAAUACAGAAGAUUUUGAAAAGAGAAGAGAAGAUAAAAUACCCUUUAUGAUUCUCAGCCGAGAAGUGAUUGACAUGGUAUUUUGUAUUGGCAGGCGACUUAAUCAGACAACAGAAGCCCAAUUUAUAACCAUAGAGAUCUUGGAUAGAUUUAUUAUCAGUGAAAUAAUGGCUGUCUGGAACUGGUCGAGAAGCACAGACAGUGCCAAAUGGGAGCGAGCACUGUCACUGGUCAAAAAGCAAUUCAUGCUGCGCUUGCUGUGCUGCGUGGGCAUCGCCUCGAAGAUUGAAGGCAGCCCUGGCAGGGUCCUGAAACCCAAGGUUCUCGCUCGAUACCUGUCCACGAAUGACAGGGCAAUCACAAUACGUGCUGUCUGUCUGUCUGAAUUUCACAUCCUUAGACUCAUAGACUAUAAGCCGCCGCUGACGUCGACCCUGACGUACGUGAAUGCCCUGUGUUGCCUCCUGUCCAGUCUCCGCCCCGUGCCGACAGCACUCGCAACGCCACACGUCGUGAGUCGGCUGUGGGAAGUGAGUGGCAGGAUUCUGUGUCUGGUAACCGCCAACCACCACGAGGUGUAUGACAGCCUCGCAGAAUUUGCCCGCAGGAACUCCGGGUCUAACGUCAGGUAA